AGCGAGGCUUAUUGGGCGGUAGUCACUUUCACACGGUAGAACAAAAGGCUCUUUCGCAUUCAGUUGCUCGAACAAAGGUUUCCUUACCUCUUUGUUUCCUGCAUGGACAAUAACAUUCAUGGCUCGUGGGAACCAUCUCAAGCUUUCAUCUGAUCCUCAUUAGACUGAGUCUCCGGAAGACUGUUACGACCCAACGACCUAGACUCCUCUUCUCUCGCUCCUUGGCUGGCCAACCAUUCACGAUUCUUCAACCUUAUCCGCUCUUUGUGUACGAACCAGACUGUAUUGCUAUGGAAUAUUCCUCUGUAUUUCUAAAGGCUCGAGCCAUUACUUUCUCAUUAAUAUCGUUGAUCAGCUUUAUCUGGGUCGUAGUAUUGUGUGUAGAUCUUUUUAUCCAGUGGAGCGCUUUGGGCACUUCUGAAAAAUCUUUCCUCGCAAUCAUGUUAUUGUCGAAUACAUUAACCUUGGUACUACUUCUUGUUCUACUUAUACUACCGUUCCGCCCUUGGUUGGAUGGAGCCCGACUCAUGCUGCUAUUAAUUACCCACGUUGGCAUUGCAUCUAGCUUUGUUGUGUGGAACGCAAAAUUUACUUGUCCUACCAAAACUGCAGAUGAAGAAGGGGUCUGCAGACUCCUAAAUAUUUAUAUCUUGAUUGCAAACUGGAUCAUUCCUGCUGCCCUCAUGCUGUACAAGCGGCGGAAAUUAAGGGCAGCUUCAUCCGACCUCGAAUCAUCUAAGCCUCGCCAAAGCCGUCAAUCUAUUUUGCCUAUAAUGAAUCCCGAAGACAUUACACAUUCCAGUAUGUCAACGCCACACAUCAGUGUCAUUAGCCAGCAACGCCGGGAGUCUCUCUGGGGGACCAACGCUUCUUCCAGUCCUCACCAUUCGACUGUCGAAAACAAACGCGGUAGUAGUGCAGGAAGGAGUCGACUUUCUAAACCGCUACCGGGUUGGAUGUAUUAUUAACUUCGUCACUUACAUCGAGCAUGUAACGAAUCACUUGGAUCAAUACCCAUCUGUCGCUCAGAAAUGUACAUACGGGGCUGUUGUUUCUUUAACUUAGAAUGUUGCCCGUCAGGACGGUCAAUUCUGCCCCCCGUUACCAUAUGUAGUG